AUGAAAGCAGUGAAGACAUUUAACAAAUUCAAUUUUUUCCUCUCAUUUGGAUUUUCUUCCAUUUUUUUCAUUAGUGUCUUUUCAAUCAUUUAUAAUCUUUUAGAUUCUCUCUGUCGUCCAUUAGUAAAGUUUUUUUGUUUUCUUUCUCUCAGUAAUGUAAUAUCUGUAACACUCAUUUUUGCAUUUUGUCACUUUUCUCUAUUUUUUUUUCUCCUUUUUCUUCUCUAUCCUUUUUUAAAUUCCUGUAAACAUCGCUCUCUCUCUCUCAUCCAUUCACUUUCUCAAUCUCUCACCUGCUCAAACUCUCUCACUCCCUCACCUUCUUGGACUCCCUCACUCUCUUGUACUCCCUCACUCUCUCAUCUUCUCACACUUCCUCACUCACUUGCCUUCCUGCACAUCCUCAUUCGGUUUACCUUCUUGCACAUCCUCAUUCGGUUCGCCUUCUCGCACUCCCUCACUCUGUUCGCCUUCUCGCACUCCCUCACUCUGUUCGCCUUCUCGCACUCCCUCACUCUGUUCGCCCUCUCGCACUCCCUCACUCUGUUCGCCUUCUCGCACUCCCUCACUCUGUUCGCCCUCUCGGACCCCCCUCACUCUGUUAAGCCCAAAAGAACUCCCUCACUCUGUUCGCCCUCUCGACUCCCCUCACUCUGUUCGCCCUCCAAAGACCCCUCACUCUGUUCGGCCUUCUGCAGACUCCCUCACUCUGUUCGCCCUCCUGACUCCUCACUCUGUUCGCCCUCUCGCACUCCCUCACUCUGUUCGCCUUCUCGCACUCUCAAUUACAACUUUUUAAAUAGUAUUAUAAAUAAAACUUGUAAUGACUCCCAGAAAUUACAGAGAUGUACAAGAAUUCUUAAAUGUUAUUGUCAUGCAAUCAAACUUUCAAUUUCCUCUUACCUUUCCUUUUAA